AUGCUUGGUCAGUCCCCUACAGAGAGACCUAGUCAACUGCGUACUGAUUUCCACUCCCAUCUCGAUAGUCGUUGGUCUAACGGGUGGGAUUGCCUCGGGUACGUCCCUCACGGACCAUCGUCAUGUCGAUAUCGUCGUCGUCGUCAUCCGGCGCUCCACUUGAGUCACCCCACCGUCUCUUCUCCAACUAAAGCUCCCGUCCCCUCUCACUCACCAGGCAAAUCGACGGUAUCCUCAAUCCUCAAAUCGCAUUCGCUCCCCCUGAUCGACCUGGACGUGCUGGCGCGUGAAGUAGUCCUCCCCGGCACCUCCUCCCUCUCGUCCCUCGUCUCCCACUUCGGUCCCCAAAUCCUCCUCCCCGAUCGAACCCUCGAUCGCGAAAAACUAGGUUCGAUCGUCUUUGGUAACGAAAAGGAACGUAAAGUCCUCAAUGGGAUCCUCCAUCCCGCUAUUCGAAAGUUGUUGGUCAAGAAGUUGGUCGGGCAUUGGUUGAAGGGUCAGAAGGUCGUCGUCGUCGAUGCUCCGUUGUUGAUAGAGGCGGGGUUGUGGAAGUUUUGUGGGGCGAUCGUGGUGGUGUAUUGGUGAGUUUCUUGCAAAGGACCGGGGGAGAUGAGAUACUUCUCGCAGGGGGUUCAUAGGGAGGGCGCGAGGCGCAAAGAUUUCGUUGGAGCUUCGUUUCAAGUGCUCCCUUCCUUCGACAAAAGACCUCAUGAGUUCCCCUCUUCAAAAACCUCCACAGUUCCGAAUCCCUUCAAUUGCAACGUCUCCAAUCGCGCAAUUCGCUCACCUCGGACCAAGCCCGUUCACGCCUCUCCUCCCAAUUGGCCCUGUCCAAAAAACUCCUCUACGCCGACUACGUGCUCGACAAUUCCGGUCCUCUCGCCGAUUUAACGCCCCAAGUCGAAAGAGUGAUCAAAAAGUUGGAUGCACGAGCAGGCUGGAGUUGGCGGCUGAAUUGGUGGAUCCCUCCGUUGGGGUUGGUGAGAGGGUUGUGGAGGGUGUUUUGGAGGUUGUAUAUCCAGGGCGUCGGGAAGGAGAGGAGGGCGGGGCAUAAGACCAAGGGGGAGAGGUCACCCCGUGGUGGGAGGGAGGAAAUUGAGAUGCUGGAUCGGAGGGGGAAGGGGAAUCGUGGCGGGUCGAGGCUGUGA